CCUUUAAUUAGCAUCAAUAAAUUUCAAUUACUUUUUUUUAAUAAUAAUUAGUUAGUAUAAUAUAGUUUGCAAAUGGCACAACCACCAUUACCACCACCAACUUGUACAAUUCCACCAUUUGUUGGCCUCAUCGUGAGGAUUCUUACGUUCAUUUGCUUGUUGAUUUCACUCAUCAUAAUUGCCACCAACACUGAAAAAUCUAUUGAUGAGGAUGGUAACGAAGACAAAACCAAGUUCAAUGACUUUUACGCUUACAGAUAUUUAAUUUCUACUGUGAUUAUUGGAAUGGCAUAUACUCUUCUACAAAGUGCAUUCUCAAUUUUCUUUGUGACUACUGGAAAUCGUUUUGGUGGUGAGGGAUUUUGUCUAUUUGACUUUUAUGGUGAUAAGUUUAUUUCCUACUUCCUUGUUACUGGAGCAGCAGCAAGUUUUGGUAUGACACAAGAAUUUAAGAGACUUGCAGGCAGUGAUAAUAAAUUUCUCAAUACUUCAAAUGCAGCAGCCAGUCUUUGUCUUAUUGGAUUCUUUUUUUCUGCAGCUUCAUCUAUUUUUUCAUCUUAUAAUCUUCCUAAGAGAGCUUAAUUUAAGAAAAAAAUAAAAAUCUUAGUUUAAUAAUUUGAUAAAUUAAUUAUUGUAAGAUUAUGAACUCCGUUUUUUUGGGUCUACACUUGGUCAAAAGGUGUGUCAUGUAAUGUUGAGUUACAAUUUAUAUUUUAAAAAUGUAUCCUAUUGUAUGAUUUUUAGUUUUUCUUUUUUUGGUUGAGAAUUGUCUUCAAUUUCAGAUAUUGUAU